AUGGGUAAUGAAGAUGAAAUGGAGCAACAGGUUGAUCUGACCAAAGCUGAAAAAUUGUCGGAGUAUAAACAAUUGCGCUCGUCGACCAAGGGAAAUAUAACUCGAAUUAAAACAGCGGUCAGCAAGAAGAAUGUUCCUAUCGAGGAGCUGGGUUGCAGGUUAGAUAUUUUGGAAGCCUACUUCAAGCAGGCAUUGUCGAUUAGUACCAGCAUACUUCGACUGUGUACUCCAUCUGAAUGUGAGUCCCACGAGAAGGCAAUGGCGGACAUCGAGGAUAUUUACGUUGCAGCUAAGGCGAAAAUAAAAGAAAAGCUGGCUGCAAGCCGGGUUGAUGCCGAGGCAAGUGCGCUUAACGUUACAACGGCGGCGAUUCCGCAAUCGUCAAUGAGGCGUCAUAUAAAACUACCAACAUUCGAUGGAAAAUACUCGGAGUUUCCGAAAUUUAUGGCGAUUUUCCAUAAGAUGGUGAAUCAAGAUGAAACCUUGGACGAUUGCGAGCGGUUUUUAAUUCUUAAAGAUAAUUUAUCCGCACGAGCACUUCACGCCAUUGAUGAAUUCGAGAUUACCAGUUUAAAUUAUAAGAAGGCGCUUGACCGGCUGAGGAGUAACUUCGAUAAAAAAAAUUUAAUGUUCGAGGAACAUAUUGCGGCGUUAUUUUCUGGGAAAAAGGUGUCGAGCUCGGGCGAUUUGCGGGAAUUGAUUGACUCAGUGAACACUCAUUUAAACGCGAUGCUGUCGUUUGGUAAUUAUAAAGACAUAACUAAUGCUAUGAUCAUCUAUCUUGUAGCAACGAAAUUAGACGAGGAAUCCUUGGCAAAGUGGGAGGAAUCUAUCGACUAUACAAGGCUAUCCACUUGGGAUGAAUGCUCUGCAGUGUUGACUAAGAGAUGUGAAAAUAUGGAGGCUCGAGAGACAAGAACGGCACGCUGUGGCGAGAACGAGGACGAUGGAAGCAAAGCUAGUCGCAAAGAUAAUCGCAAGGCGGUUGGUUGUAAAAAAAACGUUUUGGCUAUAGAGAAAGGUGGAUGCGAAGUUUGUCGAAAGGACGGGCACAACGUAGAAAGCUGCCGUAAAUUUGAGGCUCAGAAGGUUCCGCAGAGGCGCAAAACGGCACGACAUUUGAGGCUGUGCUUCGUGUGUUUGCAAAGUGGGCAUAAGGCCAGUAGCUGUCAAGCGAAACGGUGUAUAGAGUGCGGUGGUGACCACCAUAAAAUGCUGCAUAAAAACAACGUAGAGGUGAAGACGAUCGACGCACCAGGCACGACGCAAGCUGCUACGGUAAGUCAAGUUGCUGUGCAUGCUACGAUGCAAAAUGAAGGCGCGGAUGUUAUUUUGGCAACGGCGGUAAUUGGUAUCAAGGGGAGAAAUGGACCGGAAAUCCAAGCUCGUGCGCUUUUGGAUUCAGCGUCCCAACUAAAUUUGAUGUGCGAACCGCUUAUGCAGAGACUAAAGCUUAAAUGGACUUCAUGCAUCAUGACUGCGCACAGCAUUGCAGACAGUGGCACAAAUAUUACAAGAAAAGUGCAGGCAAGCGUCAAAUCAAGGAUUGGUGGUUACGAGACAUCACUUGAGUUUUAUGUGUUGCCAAAAAUAACGUCGUUUAAGCCAGACCAAUUUAUGAAUGCAGAUGAUUGGGGCAUCCCUAGUAACAUAUCAUUGGCAGAUCCGAAUUUCAACAAGCCUGGCCGUAUAGACGUACUGUUAGGCGCAGAAAUCUUUUGGGACUUAUUAUCGGUUGGCCGAAUUACGCUGAAAGCGAAUCUCCCGCGAUUGCAGAAAACUGUGCUGGGUUGGGUCGUGUCAGGUGUGACAAAUCGAGCCGACUCCAACGAGAGGCUUAGGAGCAGCUUAAUGAUGACAUCAUCCAAGCAACCAGGUGUUGAAGAGGAACUGACGGCCCUUGUAGAGAAAUUUUGGCCGAUGGAACAGGUUGAUGCAAAAACACUGUUUCCAACAGCGGACGAGGCACUGUGUGAAGAGAUUUUUAUCAAAGAAUCUAGACGUGAUCACACUGGGUGCUUCGUGGUAAGGAUUCCAUUUAAAGAAAAUGUCGCUGAGCUAGGCGACUCAAAUCAAGCGGCAUUACGGCGAUUCUUGCUCCUUGAAAAGAGACUAAGGAAUAAUCCAGUAAUCGAAAAAAUGUAUAAUGCAUUCAUAGAGGAAUAUUUGGCGUUGGGGCAUAUGGCACUGGUACCAAGGGAUUCCAGGGAAAAGGUAAAUUACCUUGCACCGCAUACGUUUGUGUUACGGCCAGAAUCUACAAGUACUAAACUGCGGGUAGUGUUUGACUGCAGUUGUAAGACCUCAUCGGGGCUCUCUUUGAAUGAUGUAAUGUGCAAAGGACCCAUUGUACAAGAUGACUUGCUGGCGAUCGUGUUGCGCUUUCGAUGCUAUAAGUAUGCGAUAACAGCGGAUGUGACGAAAAUGUAUCGGCAAGCCUGGGUGAGUGAAGAGGAUUCAUUUUAUCAAUGUAUAUUGUGGCGGCCAACCCCAAAUGAAGAUAUUGAAGUAUAUCGCUUAUUGACGAUCACGUACGGAACGGCGUCCGCGCCAUAUCUGGCGACGACAUGUGUAAAGGCACUUGGUGAACAGUGCGCAGAGAAGUUUCCAUAUGGUGCAAACAAGGUUUUAUCAGAUUUUUAUAUGGACGAUCUGAUAUCUGGUGCAGACUCCGAUGAGCAGCUACAACAAAUUUACUCGGAGGUCAGCGAGAUUUUAAGUUCUGCAGGGUUUGAGCUACGUAAAUGGUACUCGAAUAAUAGUGAAUUUUUGAAGAAAGUGCCAUCGGAUGAUCAAGAAAAGCCACUGCGUAUGAACGAUGCCGAAAUCAUCAAAACUCUCGGUAUUAUAUGGGAGCCAACUUCCGAUGUGUUUCGUUAUGAUUGGCCGGAGCUGAAAAUGGAUAAACCGGUGACAAAACGGAUUGUGCUGGCGGAGAUUGCGAGUCUGUUUGAUCCUCUCGGUCUAAUAAACCCCAUAAUCGUAAAGGCUAAGAUCUUUUUGCAAAAUCUGUGGAUUAUAAAGGUGCAUUGGGAUGAAUCCCUACCAUUGAAGGAUAACGCUCAGUGGAUCAGAUUUCGCGAGAAACUGCCUUUGGUCAAAGAUAUACGAGUACCACGAUAUAUUUUGGCGAAAAAUGGUCCUGCCCGAGUCGAAUUACACGGAUUUUGUGAUGCGUCGCUGCGGGCUUAUGGGGCAUGCGUGUACAUUCGCACCGUCAAUGAGCUGGACGAGGUUACGGUGGCGCUGUGGAGCGCCAAGUCCAGAGUGGCACCAUUAAGAACUAAGUCGCUACCACGAUUGGAAUUACUUGGAGCUGAAUUAUUGGCCAAGUUAUUAACCAAAACCCAAGAAAACUUGGUCGUUUCAUUGAAUGCAAUCUAUUUGUGGACAGAUAGCGAAAUCGUACUAAAUUGGUUAAGUAAGCAUCCAUCGGAGUGGUCAAUUUUCGUUGCGAACAGAGUGGCAACAAUUCAAGAGUGGACGAAACAUGCACUAUGGAGGCAUGUUCCAACCAAGAGUAACCCAGCGGAUGUUAUAUCUCGCGGCGCAUAUGCAGAUGAGCUAAUCGAGUCUUGUUGGUUUACUGGCCCAGCGUUUUUGAGGCAAACGUGUGACAAAUGGCCACCGAACAGAUUUCGGAGCGACGCAUCUGAAAUAAACAUAGAACAAAGGAGAGCAGUGGCACUACCCAUCGAGCAUCGAAAAAAUCAGGUGCUGCUGUGGUUGGAGUCGCAUAGUAAUUUUGGGCAGAUACAGCGAAAAGUGGCAUAUCUGUUGUACUUCUUUCGGCGCAAAACCAAUCGCGAGACCUUGGUUACCAGCGGUGAUGAACCGAUGCUGACAGCGGAGCUGUUGAGAGAAGCGUGGGUGCGCAUCAUGUACUGCAUACAGCAGGAAUACUUUGAAAUGGAGAUCAAACUAUUAGCGUGA